AACAAGAAGCACACGAGACAUCACAGACAGCGGGAGGCUCGGUUCGUUGCGUUUAAAGAUUCACUGAAGCUCUACCAUGCCUGUGGCCUCCACCAGGACAGAACCUGUGCCCCAGGUGUUGGACGCAAUGAGCGACAGCACCACCAGCACCACCACUGCCAAUGACCUGGACCUCAUCUACCUCAAAGGCAUCAUGGAGAGCCCUCUGGAGCAAGAGGAGAGCCUGAAGGAGCCGCGACUGUCGCCGGUGAGGGAGAACAACGUGGAGCUCCUGCAGGAGAUCCUCAGAGACCUGGACCCGUUCACACAUCAGUCCGACACCGCCGCUGAGCUUUCCCGCAUACUCACACAGCCUCACUUCCAGUCCCUGCUGGAGACUCACGAUUCAGUGGCGUCCCAGGCCUGUGACAGCGCGCCGCCCAGCCCGUGCGACUUUGUGGAUCAUGAACCAGAUGACAGCCACACACACAACCUGCAGCUGCCACCGGACGCAAUCCGCAUGGUGGGAAUACGCAAAGUGGCCGGAGAGCAUCUGGGUGUGACAUUCAAGGUGGACGGUGGAGAGCUGGUGAUAGCCCGCAUCCUCCACGGUGGGAUGAUCGACCAGCAAGGACUGCUGCACGUCGGAGAUAUCAUCAAAGAGGUGAACGGCCGAGAGGUGGGCCGGGACCCCAGGGUGCUGCAGGAGGAGCUGCAGGCAGCCAGUGGGAGUGUUGUUCUGAAGAUACUGCCCAGCUACCACGAAGCCAUUCCACCAAGACAGGUGUUUUUCAAGUGUCACUAUGACUACGACCCGGCCAAUGACAACCUGAUUCCCUGUAAGGAGGCGGGGUUACGGUUCGAGACGGGAGACAUCCUGCAGAUCGUCAACCAGGACGACGUCAACUGGUGGCAGGCCCGUCAUGUGGAGGGCGGGAGCGCUGGGCUGAUCCCCAGUCAGAUGCUGGAGGAGAAACGAAAAGCCUUCGUCAAGAGAGACGUGGAGCUGGCACCUGCAGGAAAUCUCUGUACCGGUGUUGGAGGGAAGAAGAAGAAGAAGAUGAUGUAUGUGACCACCAAAAAUGCAGAGUUUGACAGACAUGAGAUACUGCUGUACGAGGAGGUGGCCAAGGUCCCGCCUUUCAAGAGGAAAACUCUGAUUCUGAUCGGUGCCCAGGGCGUGGGGCGGCGGAGACUAAAAACCAAGCUUCUCCUGAGGGAUCCACAGCUCUUUGGCACCACCAUUCCAUACACCUCCAGAAAGCCCAAAAAGGGUGAACGCGAGACUCGGAUGUACGGUUUCACCAGCCGCAGCAAGAUGGAGACGGACAUCAAGAACGGACGCUAUCUGGAACACGGAGAGUACGACGGCAGCCUGUACGGCUUAAAGAUCGACUCCAUACACGAGGUGGUGGAGGCGGGUCGUGUCUGCAUACUGGACGCCAACCCUCAGUCUCUCAAAGUGCUGCGGACGUCCGAGUUCUUGCCCUAUGUGGUGUUCCUCCAGUCUCCAGACUUUGAAGUGCUCAAGGCGAUGAAUCAGUCAGCCGUGGAAGCAGGGGUGGUCCCCAAGACCCUGACGGAUGAAGAGCUGCAGAGGACGUGUGACGAGAGCGCUAAAAUCCAGACGGCCUACGGUCACUACUUCGACCUCAGCAUCAUCAACGACAACCUGGACGAGACCUACCGCACCGUCAAAGCUGCGCUGGAGACGGUUUCUAAAAACCCCCAGUGGGUCCCCGUCACCUGGGUGUUCUAGUGAGAGGUUGUGGAGGCAGAGAGUGAACGUAAGGAACAAAAAAAAAAGCACUGAAAAUGGCCGCUUGUGUAAAUAAUGGAUGCUCUUAUUAAGAUUUUUAUGGGUUUCCACAAGCAGUAGCUUAGCAUCGUUAAAAAGAUUUCUCACUAAAGUAGUAAAGAAAGAAGGCAUCCGUUGUUUAAACAGAAUUAACAUUUUCAGUGCAGGAAGGAAGGAAUGAGAAGGUGGUAAAAGUCAUGAAGUCGUGGAAGUCAGACUAAUUGAACGCAUCAAGGACCGUGUGUGUGUGUACGAGUGUGUGUGUGUGAGCUGCACAGUCGCUUUGUGGGGAAUCGACAUUCUUUUGGGGACAAACAGCAAAUCCCCACAGUGCAAGUCCGGAAAUGUUACAGAGCAGACUUGGUUUACGACCCGAGUACAUCUCCAAGAAAUCAAUGUCAGUCUGUGCAGCGUCCUCUCAAUAUGACUGUAUGUGUGUGUGUGUGUGUGUGUGUGUGUGUGUGUGUGUCCCAGUUUACACAAGGACUUCAGUGCAAAGACUUUUGUAUGUUUUCUUAAUCUUAUUCGUGCCAUUAACUGAUGAUCAUCAGCAGACUUUGUCAUUGUUUACAUUUCACGAGCUACAUCAGCGCCUCAUGGUCACCGUCAACCUGCAGUAAAAUGUAAUCUACCAUUUGAAAGAGCAAACAGCCGCGAGUCGUUUGAAUUAAUAUAAAAAUCUAAAUUGAUUUUAAUUAUUGUCAGUAAUUAAUUGACAAUCUGUUAAUAUAGCAACCAUUUCAGGACGAGUUCCAACACGGACGUCAUGUUAGAAUACGGUAAAUCCAGCACAUGUCGCUGCGUAAAGCACAAUAACGUCUCGUGAAAAAUUAGUUUGAGAGUUACACCUAGCAAGCGUGAUCAAGUGCCAACAACGACAAGCAAACCUCAUCGUCCAUCUGUUUUGUGCUUUUGUAAGUGUACGUCAUCCCUCUAGUCCAUUUUGUUUAAUGUAGGUAAACUCACACUCAGACAAAUAAAGAACACAAAAAUAUACAGAAGUUGAGAAGAUAGAGAGCUCAUAAAUAUGCACAGGAAAAAAAUGCAACAUCUAAAACUAUCUUGGGGGUCCGAUGUAUGCAAACACUGUCCUUCCAUCGACGACCAGGCUGCACUGAAAGACCUGAAUAAAUACCAGUAUUGUUAGUUUUUAUACAACUGUCAAGCUUUUAUCACUUUAUCACAUGAACUAGUGUUUAUUUUAUUGUGGCGCUAGUCAGCGUACUAGCCAGAUUAACAAACAAUGAUAACAAUUUAGUUUAUUUCAACAUCUAGCCAACUGCUACUGCAACGUCUACCUCGAGCUAAAUUUAUCGAAUGCUAAUGCGACGAUGAUGAUGAGCUGGCUCAGGUGUAGUCAGAGCUACAAAUGUUGACGUUAAAUAUGUAAUCGAUUAUUGCCUUUAGUAAUUAGAAAUACAAUUGUGACUCGAUAAUCCGACACUAAAUGUAAAACCUUCUU